GCUGCUGAUGACAUCACAUCGCAGAUAUUCCCGUUGUUUCUUGGUCCCGUCCUCCUCAUCACCGCUCAUCCCGCAGCCCAGAGCCUCCUCCUCUGCUAUGUCUUUGUAGAUAAAGUCAAGGGAGAAGUUAACGCAGCCGUGGUGUUGUUUACGGGACUGUCGCCUGGUCAUUGUGCGCGCUGUGCCACAGAGCGGAGCAGCCCAAGUGGGAGAAGAGCGCCGACUGGACUUCGUUGCGGAAAAUAGGGUUGGCUGAAAAAAGGACUAAAACUAGCGGGCGUGGUAGCAAGAAGAAGUCAUCGUAGUUGGGAGAACUGUACGCAACAGCAAUAAUGUCGCUUUCUGUGCCUCAAAACGGAGUAAAAGGGGACAGUGAACCCGUAAUUGAGCUAUUUGUGAAGGCUGGAAGUGAUGGAGAGAGCAUUGGAAACUGUCCUUUCUCACAGCGACUUUUUAUGAUCUUGUGGCUCAAAGGAGUCGUCUUUAAUGUCACCACUGUUGACCUCAAAAGGAAACCUGCAGAUCUUCAGAACCUUGCCCCCGGUACACAUCCACCUUUCAUCACCUUCAACGGAGAAGUCAAAACAGAUGUCAAUAAAAUCGAAGAGUUCCUUGAGGAAGUGCUGUGCCCUCCCAAAUAUAUCAAAUUAGGGGCAAGGCACCCUGAGUCAAACACAGCUGGUAUGGACAUAUUUGCAAAAUUCUCUGCCUUUAUCAAGAACUCAAAGCCAGAUGCAAAUGAAGCACUGGAACGCGGCCUGCUGAAGACGCUGCAGAAACUGGAUGAGUAUCUCCGCUGCCCUCUACCGGAUGAGAUUGACCACAACAGCAUUGAGGAUGUCAAGGUUUCUGAUCGGAAGUUUUUGGAUGGAGAUGAAAUGACAUUGGCUGACUGUAACCUAUUGCCUAAGUUGCAUAUAGUAAAGGUGGUGGCAAAAAAGUACAGAGGCUUUGAUAUCCCCAAAGAGAUGACAGCCAUCUGGAAGUAUCUGAACAAUGCCUACACGCGCGAAGAGUUUACUAAUACGUGCCCGAGUGACAAAGAGAUUGAAAUAGCCUACGCUGAUGUAGCAAAAAGGCUGGUCAAAUAAGCACUGUACGACCUCCUCCUUCCACACCUGCCGUUAUACAUGUCAAAUCUAUUCCACCCCAGCCGCAGGACUGAAAAAAAAACUAUGGACUCUUCUCUGCUUAAAUUCUGAGCAAAGGUCCUUGUGCAUUCUCAUUUUUUCUGUAUUUCUGUUUGGCUUUUAUGAAGACAUCCUGAGUUGAUUCAACAUUUUGUACUAAUUUGCAGUUUAUUUGCUUAUGAAUGUUUAAUAAGAAUAUGAUAAUCACAGAUGGCCUGCAUGUGUACAAAUGAUUAUCAAUACUAGGGGCCAUUUUAGACAUGCUCCUUGUUAAGUGACCUUGAAGAUGACCUCUUUACUUCAUAAAGGGGAAUGAACACAAGUUAUGAGACAUUUGCCUGAUUUUAAUCCUCAUGUAUUCUUAUAAAUUACAUUAUUUUUGUCUUUUUGGUUAAGACACGGUAUAAACAGUGUUGAAGCUUUCUUGCUUCUAGCUCAAGUAUUGCACAGGGUUUUCAUGUAUAGGCUGAACCAAACCUGUUUAACAUAUCAAGUUAGAUGCUUUAUUUUAUGAAUGAAUAAGUCAUUGCCUGCAAGAAUGGCAUCCUUGUUCUAAGGUCACAUAUUGCUUAGGAUUUGCAGAAUACUUGUAGUUCCAUAGAUGAAAAUAAUAAUAACAAAUAUUUCUAGAAAAACAUGGUAAAAAGUUUGUCUUUUAGUUUUCAGAAAUCUUGUUCCGUAGACACUACUACACUUAAGUUCAUAUUUUACUUAUUAUGUCAUCUAGUUCGGUUAGAGCUAACAGUAGCAGUGGGUAAACCCGCAUUGCGAACCAAAAAGGGGCACAUUCUGGUUUCAUGAUGGGCAGGACUACUCUGGCUGGUGAAAUCAUAUUAACUAUACAUUUUGCUGUUAUUGUGUCCAUAACAUAAAUGGGGGCACUGAAACAAUGGAUGGUGACUCUAAAGAUAUUUAUGUCAAAUUUCUCGUUGGUAUGUAGAUUCACAUUUAGGUAGUGAAUGUAUGGUAUAUAACUGUAGCUCUGACAGUGCUUUAGUGUGAUUAAAGCAAAUUUAAUUUGUUAAAACAAAUUUGUUAUGAAAAAGGAAUUGUAAAUAUUUGUUGUAAUGCUAAGAUUCUGUUUGUAAAGUUUGGUUAUUUUGUCAGACGUUGAAAAGAAGGGCUGAUUUUGCCUGCUUGGUUUCUAAAUUGGGGAAAUCACACAUGGUCCUUGCCUUAUUUCUGUUAUUUUUCACAUUUAAUUGAAGUAGAAGUAUAUUGAAACACAUAGGCUGUCCAAGCUAUGCCAUGGCCUUUUAAUUUUUACAUUGACUGAGCAGAAAUAAACUACUUGGCAAUCAGAAA